UUCAACGGCUCUGGGUAGUUCGGUUGCCGAGGUUUUUGGUGACUUGGCAGCCUGUGUCUUCUGUCAUCUGCCCUGGGCCUGAGUUCUCCCCAGGAUUGAGGGAGACCCAGGAAACCUAGAAAUGGACUCCCUGGCCUUUGAGGAUGUGGCUGUGAACUUCAGUCUGGAGGAGUGGGCCUUACUGGAUCCUUCACAGAAAAAGCUCUACAGAGAUGUGAUGACUGAAACCUUCAGGAACCUGGCCUCUGUAGGAAAAAGAUGGGAAGAACAUGACAUUAAAGAUCAGUACAAAAAACAGAGGAGAAAAUUAAGAAGUCCAAUAGUAGUGAGAAUUGGUGAAAAUAAGGAGGUUAAUCCACAUGGAGAAAAGUUCAGCCUUAUUUCAAAUCACAAUCUGAAGAAAAAAACCAGAGUGAAGCAAAAUCAAUGCAGAACACGUGGAGAAGUUUUUGUGUCUCGUUCAUCCCUUAGUAGGCACAACAGAUGUCACACUGGACACAAAGCAUAUGAAUUUCAAAAAAAUGGAGAGAAGCCUUAUAAGUGUAAAGAAUGUGGGAAAGCCUUUAGUCAUCUACUCUGGUUGGAAAAACAUAAGGGAACCCACAAUGGAGAGAACCCCUAUGAAUGUCAAAUAUGUGGUAAAGCCUUCAGGUCUUCCAGAAAUGUUAAAGUACAUGAAAGAACUCACACUGGAGAGAAACCCUAUGAAUGUAGAAUAUGUAGUACAGCAUUUAGGUAUCUCAGUGAUCUUCGAAGACAUGAAAGAACUCACUCUGGAGAGAAACUCUAUAAAUGUAAAAUAUGUGGUAAAGCCCACAGAGACCACUGGUCUUUUAAAAUACAUGAGAGAGUUCAUACUGGAGAGAAACCCUAUGAAUGUAAGAAAUGUGGUAAAGCCUACAUAUCUUUUAGGUCCUUAAAGAGACACAAAUCAACUCAUACUAUGGAGAAACCCUAUGAAUGUAAAAUAUGUAAUACACCAUUUAGGUAUCUCAGUGAUCUUCAAAGACAUGAAAGAACUCACACUGGAGAGAAACCCUAUGAAUGUAAAAUAUGUAGUACAGCAUUUAGGUAUAUCAGUGAUCUUCGAAAACAUGAAAGAACUCACACUUGAGAGAAACUAUAUAUAUGUAAAAUAUGUGGGUAAAGCCCACAGAGGGAAAAAACCUCACACUACAGAGAAACCCCAUGAAUGUAAAGUAUGUGUUACAACAGGAAGGGACAUAGCUUGCACUCCAGCAGGAAGGUGUUUGUAUUACCCAAACAGAAGUGAGGUUUCUCCUAGCCCAGCAACAGGACCGCUUGGAAAAAUCACUGCCGCCCUGAACUCUCACUUUCAUUCAAAGCACUUCUUCCAAACUUCCUCCUUUUUCUCUAUAA